CCAGAUGACGCGUUGACGCAUGCCUGUGGCUAAAAGCCUGAUGCUCUCCCGUGUUUUCAGGUUAGCGUCCAGUUCUAACCCACAGGAGGAGCUCACCAAGUUGUUGAGUGGCAGCAUCCCUAAGUCGGAGGAUCUGCUUCAGUCCGAGGAUCUCAUCAAACUGAAGAGGUGCAUUUUUGCAGCUCAGCGGCCGAACCUCCCUCCUGUCUGCACACACAACAUGACGGACGACGCCAGCGAUCCCAUACUCAACCACGUUAGGAGAAUACAGCUCUUCAACAACAGGGCAGACAGGGUUAAGAUCGUGUUCCACCCGGAGUUCCUGUCGUCCACCAGCGCGCUGCUUGCCAUGGACUACGAGCAGUUCGUACGCGGCUGCCAUCUUGGGGUGUUCGUGUCGUACUACGAGCCCUGGGGGUACACGCCAGCGGAAUGCACGGUGAUGGGGAUCCCCUCCAUCACCUCAAACCUGUCGGGUUUCGGCUGCUUCAUGGCGGAGCACAUCGCGGACCCGACCUCCUACGGGAUCUACAUCGUGGACCGGCGCUUCAGGAACCCAGAGGAGUCCGUGCAGCAACUGGCCGGGCACAUGUUUGACUUCACGCGGCAGUCGCGUCGACAGCGGAUCAUCCAGCGAAACCGCACGGAGCGGCUUAGCGAGCUCCUCGACUGGAAGAGCCUUGGACUGUACUACCGAAAGGCUCGUCAGCUGGCUCUCUUCAAGAAAUACCCAGAAGCCAUCAGACCGGACAGCCCCAAGACUCCGCAAUUCCGCUACCCGCGCCCAGCGUCUGCUCCGCCAUCGCCGGGCAGUUCCCGCGCCUCCACCCCACUCCCGUCCGAACACGAGGACGACGACGACGACGGUAGCUAUGACGACAGCGACCCCAACUUCCAACCAAUCAGGAUGGUCAGCCGGGGGUCAGAGGUCUUCGAGGGAAGCUACCCCAUCAUUAAGCCAAUCAUCAAGAAGAAUUCAAAUUCGAAUGGGAAUUAGGUCUCACUCCAGUGUUUCUCUUGUGAGUAGGGUGUUGGCGGUCAUGUGAUGCAGUUUGCCAUGCUGGAUGGUUAACCUGGAAGUUGGCAGGUAAAUUGACCCUUACUCCCUCUCUUAUGUGACCUCAGUGACAAACAAAAAGUGGCUCAAGGGCCAAUUUUAGCUUCUGGCCAAUAGAAUAUGAUGCAAAGAAACUAGAAAAAUAGCAGAAAGUUGGGCCAAAUAAACAAACAACUAACCCGAGAUGUUCGCCGUCCUUGGCAGUUGAACCAAAUUCUGCAGACUUGCCUCCUGUAUGUGGCCAGUUAUUCCCCUUUUUGCCAACUUUUACAAUCCUUACUCCCAUUGAAGGGCCUGGUGAAAGCUAAACAUUUAGCCUGAAGUCUGUGAGUGUCUCUCUGUCUCUGUCUAUCCGGCUCUGUUGAAAUAAAUCUGUCCAUAUAAUACAGUGUCAGGUAAUGGUAGAAUCAGACUCUUGCCAAACUGUAGGUCUAACUCUGAGUGUGUCUACCCUGUAUAAAGAAAACAGAAAUGAAGGAAUAAAUAAACUCUUCUAGGUCGAACCAUCCACCAUGGCAGCUGUUUCCGUCAUGCCCAGCCUUGGUUUUAAAAGGGUUAUCUCACUGAAGGUGAAACUGAGGCAUGUUGGCGGCGUUACUGCAGAUGAACAAUUCGACAGUUAUUUUUGCACCAACAGUGAAGUUGGCUUGCAUAUUAAAGGGUUAUAAAUGG